UCAAUUCCCCUCCUGCCUUCAGUAGCUGGAUCUUUCUCCACGAGAAGCUACGCAAAGCUGACUUGGGUAUCCCUGGUUUCUGACGGGAAGGGGAGCCAGGACUGGAGGAGAAGGGGGUGUCUCUGAAGAAUGAGGCCCAGGAAAAUGUCUGAAGCGCUCUCAGUCCUUUUCCGACUCCUGCUGCUGUUAGGUGGGGUGGCUUCUGUGACUUUCCAGCAUCAUCGCUAUGAUGAUCUCAUACGGAUCUUAUACAAGGUACAUAACGAGUGUCCCCACAUCACUCGAGUUUACAGCAUCGGGCACAGCGUCAAGGGAAGACAUCUCUAUGCCCUGGAAUUCAGUGACUUCCCAGGAAUGCACGAGCUGUUGGAGCCAGAAUUUAAAUAUGUUGCAAACAUGCAUGGCAAUGAAGUGCUAGGGAGAGAGCUGCUGCUCCAGCUUUGCGAGUUCCUGUGUGAAGAGUACCGCCAGAGGAAUGAACGUAUCAUCCGGCUGAUCCACAACACGAGGAUUCACAUCCUGCCUUCCAUGAAUCCAGAUGGUUAUGAAGUAGCUGCAGCCCAGGGCCCAGACAGCAAUGGAUAUCUUACUGGUAGGAACAAUGCCAAUGGAAUAGACCUAAACCGAAACUUUCCAGAUCUUAACACCUACAUGUACUACAAUGAGAAGAGUGGAGGACGCAACCACCACUUACCUCUUCCAGAUAACUGGAGAAGUCAGGUGGAACCAGAAACUCGAGCUGUUAUAUACUGGAUGGAAUCCAUCAACUUUGUCCUUUCUGCCAAUCUUCAUGGAGGUGCAGUAGUAGCCAAUUACCCAUAUGACAAAUCACGUGAGCACCGGGUUCGGGGUUUCCGUCGUACCGCUGAUACUCCCACUCCAGAUGAUAAGCUUUUCAGAAAGCUGGCCAAAGUCUAUUCCUAUGCACAUGGAUGGAUGCACCUGGGCUGGAACUGUGGCGAUUACUUUCCUGAGGGCAUCACCAAUGGGGCUUCCUGGUAUUCUGUCAGCAAGGGCAUGCAAGACUUCAAUUAUCUCCAUACCAACUGCUUUGAAAUCACUCUGGAACUGAGUUGCAAUAAGUUUCCGCGCCAGGAGGAGCUGCAAAGGGAGUGGCUUGGUAACCGAGAGGCACUGAUUAGUUUCCUAGAAGAGGUUCACCACGGCAUCAAGGGAAUGAUUCUUGAUGAAAAUAACAAUGGCAUUGCAGGAGCAGUAAUUUCUAUUGCUGGGAUUGCUCAUGAUGUCACUUCAGGUAAACAAGGUGAUUACUUCCGGCUGCUAUUACCCGGCACUUACACUGUCACUGUCACAGCACCUGGGUACUGUUCGGAGACAGCAACUGUGACAGUUGGACCUGCAGAGGCAAUGCAGGUUAACUUUCAUCUUAGAAAAGACAUCUUAGAAAAGACUAAAGAAAUCACUGAGCAAAAAGAGAAAAAAGAGAAAAAAGCCCCUGUCAAAGCUUCCAGUGGAAAAACCCUCCUAAAGAAGGUGGCAUCCCGAGAAACUGGCAGAGAGACACGGAGAGGCAGACCCUGAUCAUGCAUAUGGACUUGGCUCACUGUUGCCUUAAAACCAGUCACUUUGAGCAGGAUGAAGAAAAACCAAGAGGCACGCUUGAUGA